CAUCUUUUUUAGCUAUGACGAAAAAUCCUGCCGAUUCUUUCGGAACCGCAAGUUCCCGCUAGAAAUUUGACUGCAAAUCUGCAAAAUGCAGCCCAAUAAUGGCCACAAAGCUGCUCCACGGCCGCCACCCCCGCAGCCAGCGCCCCCGCGGAAUGCCGGCCGGCCGAGAAACCCGGCCCCACCGCGCGACGUAUCUAAGGCCCCGGUACCUCCACCACCCCCACCACAACCGCAGCAGCGGGCUCCUCCCAGGAAGCGACCUUCCACUUCUGGUAAUGUCAACGACAGCAAGCGAGCGAAACUCCCUCCACCCGCUCCGAAUAGAAAAGGUGGUGCACAGGACACCGAGGCAGCCUGGGCAUUCUUGAAGAGCACGAAUCAGGCAUCAUCCUCGUCGUCGGCUGCGUUCUUUCCGGGAACAACAAAUUCCGGAAAGGGAGGUGGUCCUGCAUCUACUUCAAAGAGCUCUUCGUCGAGCAGUUCUUCUGGGUUUCCGUUCACCGCGCAAGCCCGCACCGGAGACUACACCAAGGGAUCUUCCAGCAAGGGGCUAGGUAGUUUUGGCAAGGCCAAGGCCGCGGCGACUGCAGGUGGACCGCCACUACCCGCAAGCGCGAAGGGGCCGGCCCGACCCGCGGCCGCGAAGGGCGGCAAACGGAACGGGAAGAACUACGUCGGGAAUGGGAGCGGAGGCACGGCGCUCUUCUUCGCGAGCACCCGGAACCAGGCAGAGGCACAGGCUCCGCCAUCUUCUUCUGCGUCGUCGAGUUCGUCUUCGUCAGCGCAGGGCCGAAAUUCGAAAAACGCAGGUUCCGGAAGCAGUGCUGUCGCCGGACACGAAGGUUUCGACCCGUUCGAGUUCAUGCGACAGCAAAGCCGCGGAACGCAGGAGUUCAGCGAGCACACGUUCUGGUUUAGGAUUUUGCAGACCGACAUCACCGGAAUGGCGAACGAGCAACUGGCCGGCGGACAGAUGAGCAACAGGCGUGGCACCACGAGAAAUUCGUUCAUUUCCAUCCCCGACGGGCCGGAUUUGCUGGACAAGCCAUCCGCAUUCACCAACUGGCGGCAGUACCGGAGUUAUUGGGGUCAUUUUCUCGCUUCCGAGGCGCGCGCGCAAAUUCAGCAGAUGGUCGGCGAGUGUGCGGUGAGCAAAAACAGCAAAGCGGCGACCUGGCAUAAGGCGAAGAUCAAGAAGGACAUGCAGCCCGGCAGCAUGCAGGUGCAAAUGCUGGAGCAGGUCGGCGCCCGAGGGCUGAGCGGGCUGGUCGCGACCCAGAACGCGGUCGUGGCGCUUCGUAGCAGCACUUCUGGUCGAUUGCUCCUAGUCCGGCCGACAAGAGCCCUCUCCUACGACGUCGAGGGACAAUGGACAACCUGUGGCGUCGACGAGCAACGGUGGCAGGAGUUUGGAGAGACGAAAGAGCUCGCGCGGGUCGAGCUCUGCGCGUUUGGCCACACGUCGAACUUAAUCAGCGUUUUCCGCGAAUUGCAAGCGGUGUUGAACGCGGAGCAGCAGCUGCAAGAGCUCCCUGCCACCGCGCAUUUAGCCGAUCACCAGAAAUUGAGCGGCGACACGAAAAAGACCAAGCUGGGACCGCUGAUCCUCACCGGAAAAGAGGACGCGGAGAAGAAGCAGAAGAAAGACGCGGCAAAAGUAGAGAAGGAGAAAGCCUGGAAAGCCGCAAAGCAUUUGGAGAGGUGCGACAUCAUGAACUACUCGAACUGCAACCCGUCGCAGCAGGAAGUCGUGAAAGAAUCGGAUCUGCGGGAAGACGGCAUCAUGCUGGUCCACGGGCCGCCAGGGACGGGAAAGUCCACGACGGUAGUUUGGGUUUUGAACACCGUCUUCCUCCGCGAUCUGCAUUUGUGGUUUUUCGGAGUCCAGGAAAAAAUUUUCGGCGACAAAAACUUCGACAACACCAUGGACAGCCUACUCCACGUCUUCGACAGCGCGCCGGGCCGGUUUCCGCGCCUCCUUGUGACCGCGCCGAGCAACCAGGCCGUGGACGAGAUCUACAAGAAGGUGGCGGUUUUCCAACUGCCGACUGGGCCCACGUGGAAGCCGACGAAAUAUCGUCUGCUUUCUUCCCAAUUCCGGUCCGAAGACAUCCAGCAGCGCGUCCGCAGCUGGAUGGCAACGAAGAAGGAUGAAAUUCCGCAGGUGAAGAAGAAGGUGCAGAUGGAGCACCGAGGAAAGAUCUCGAAGGCGGAGAAGCUGAUCACGCAAAUCAAGAAGCUGUGCGAGAAGUGCCCCAAGACCAUGCAGGCGGGCUGGGAAGUAGUCUGGAACGAGGGCGCGGGGGGGCAAGUCGCCUACCGCCAGGGGCCGCCGAACAACGGCUGGCAGCCGUUUUGGAACCCGCCCUUCGAAACGGACUGGCAGAAGGCGAUGCACCUACCGCACAUGAAGCAAGCGAGGAUGUUGAUGAACGAGCUGAUGUUUUGUAUGUCUUACGACGUGCGCGCUUACCGCCAGGACUUACGGCGGGCGGAGUUCAUGGAGAAAAACUUCGAGCACUUCCCGAUGGUGCAGCCACCUAACACUGGGACGUCGAACAAGGGCGUGGUAAACAAGCAGCGCAAGCCCGCCGCCCACAUGCGCAUCCAAACCUACUUUGAGAACCACAUUUCCGAGGGCAUGGACAUCGUGUUCGCGACUUUGAACCAGUCGCAAGCGGUCGACGUGUCCGUCCCGUGCUCGACUGUGAUCGUGGACGAGGCGUGCCAAGCCACGGAGACCAGCACGCUGAUCCCGAUCGUCGCUUCUCGCUGUCGCGCCGCCGUGCUGGUCGGGGACCCGAACCAGCUCCCCGCGACGACCUUGAAUCCCGAGCUAACCGUGGAGACGUUACUGGAGCGCGAAGAGGAAAAGUCGAAAAGCACUACCUCAAACACAAAAUCCCGGCCCGGCACGACCGGCUCCAGCUCCUCGGAGGAGUCGAAAAAAUCCGUGCCCUCCUUUUCCCUGUUCGAGAGACUGCAGAAGAACGGGAUGCAGCCGCACCUGCUGGACACGCAGUACCGCAUGCACCCCCUGAUUUCCGAGUUCCCGUCACAAGAGUUUUACCAGGGGAGGCUGAAGGACGACCCCAUGUACGACAAUCUCAAGUACGUGAUCAAGGACGAUCUGGAAAAUUUCCACGUCUUGGACUCGUCCGAGCUUUGCGGGCAAAUGAUGGACAGCGGUAGCGGAUCGAAUUCUUGCAACCGAACCAAUAUCUACUCAACAACCGGAACUAGUAGUACUGCCACGGGCGAGGAGCGCGCGCUCGGGACUUCGUGGAAGAACGAGGCCGAGGCGCAGGUGAUCGAGGCCCUGGUGGAGUUUCUGCAGCGGGCGCAGCCCUGGAUGGAGAUUUUGGUCAUCAGCCCGUAUCUGGGACAGGUGCACCGAUUGAAGAGGCUGGAGAAGAACAAACAGAACACUGGAUUCUAUCCUGAGUAAAAACGUACCCACCCCAUAGUUGUAAUGCAAAUCUGCAUGGUGAAAAUGUUUCUCAUGCGGAGCCCCAUGAGAAGCAUUUUGCAAUCGUGUUUUGCAAUUUGUCAUGCUCCAAUCAGCAUGGUAUGCUAGAUCUGUGAUGCUGCUGAGCUAGCUGAAACAGCACUAUACUACGAAUCCAAAUUUGUCAUGCAAAACAGCCAAAACUUGUGGAUUUGUCUAGCCGAUUCCCCAUCUUGACUCUGGUGUGGGUACGUUUUUACUCAGGAUAGAUUCACCCUGCGGGACCACAUGGAGAAGAAGUUUGCGCCCGGGACCGCCGCGGUGGCGGUCAAUACCAUCGACUCCUGCCAGGGGAGCCAGAGUUUUUGCGUGAUCUUCAACUUGGUCCGGGCGAACGGGAUGGGGGAGCUGGGAUUUUUGGAGAAAGACUUCCGCCGGUUCAACGUCGCGCUGACCCGUGCGCAGCGGCACUUGUUCGUCGUCGGCAAUCUGGACACGAUUCGGAAGACAAGGAGCGAAUUCUGGCAGCGGUGGCUCCGACACGUCGAGUCCAACCGGUUCGUUAGCCGGCUGAGUGCGCAGGUAGUGAAAACUUUCAGCAGCGGGAGGAAAAUCGCUUCGUCCGACCUGCAACAGAACUUCGAGAAGCGCCUGUACCGCCGUUGCGCGGAGUGCGAAGCUAAGCACGUACUGCUGAACAUCCGUAGUCGGAAGGACGACGGCGUGACCCGGGACGCGUUCUGCGCGCAGUGCCGUGCCGUGGGUGUGGCGGACCGGGUGAGGCAGGCGCAGGAGCUGCGGAAGCGGUGCGACAUGACGAACAAACUGCUGAAUUACGACGAAAGCUUCGAGUUCGACGUGAAAUUCAACCCUAGCACGAUGAGGCCACUGCCGGUAAAGGAGGCGGAGGAGCGCGAAAACGCAGAAAAACUCAUCGACCUGUGGUGCGAAAAGGCGGGCGAGGCAGAGAAUAGUGAAGCGGGUGAAGGCGUUGCUGCAAACAAGCUGGACAAUGUGAAGAUCGACCUGUCGACAAUGGAGAUUACCUCGAAGGAAGGCAACGAUGAUGCUGCUAGCGACGCCGAAGAAGAAACAAACCGACGAAAGAAGAUGGGGAAGAUGAAAUCGAACCCUCUGAUGAAGCAAGACUUACCUGCAGGAGCCUUGCCUUUCGAGUUACCCCGCGCCGAAAGGGUCCUCCAAUUCGUGCGCAAUGCGGAUGUGCGCACCGGGGUGCGGUACCUGGCACUGCGUGAGCAGAAGUGGCGCAAGAUGAUGGAGUUGAAAGCUCCAGACGCCGCUGGUCAGAAGCAAACGGUAACUGGUGGCAAACCUGGUUCUAGCGCGCAGCAGAAUCAAAAACCGGUUUCGAAAGGCACAGUGGGAGAUCAACAGCCGUCGUCUACCAGCGCAGCCGCUGCGUCCUCGGCAAGCAGCGCUGCUGCAGCUGCGCCAAAAGCCGGCGGUCCGGGAACUACUGGGACCGCAGCACCGGCCGAUGCGCGAAAGGUGGGCUCUUUUUCGCUUGCUUCUUUCGCGGCCGCACGCAAACGGGCGCAGCAGUGAAUGACUUGAUCUUGCAAGCGUCUCGCUCUCACCGAAGAUGUACCUGCAUCAAACACAGAGUCUUUUACUAUACGCAAAAUACAUGAAUAAUUCAACAUGCGACAAGCGACACCAUAUCGAAAUCUACGCAAAAGUAUCCAUUGG